CGUGAAGCCACGCCGACCCGACCACUGCAACAGUAGAAAUAGCAGAGCAGCGUCGAGCUCGAGCAGAGAGCACCGCCACCUCGUCGGAGCUAGCAGCAGCGCCGCCGCCCAAGCCUCAAGCUCUGAAGCUCCGGCGAUCACCGGCGGCAACGGUGCCGCCAUGAUCAAGGUUCAGGGCCCAGUAGUGCUGUACCAGGACGGCGUGCAUGAGGCGGCGAGGAGGAGGCGGUCGCUGAGGGCGCGGUACGCGUACGGGCUCAUAUUCUUCGCCACCAACCUGCUGGCCUGGUUCGUCAGGGACUACGGCGCCAAGCUGCUCCGCGGCCUGCACCAUGUGCCGGUUUGUGGAGCAGGAGACUCCAAGUGCUUCCAAUCUGGAGGAGUGCUUCGAGUGAGCUUAGGUUGCUUUAUAUUUUUCUGGGUGAUGUUUGCCACAACAUUUGGAACUCGCAAGCUCCAUGAAGUUCGAAAUUCGUGGCAUUCUGGGUGCUGGAUUCUGAAGUUUCUUGUGUAUGCCGUGUCAAUCAUCAUCCCGUUUAUUGUCCCCAACAUCUUCAUCCAGCUGUAUGGUGAAAUUGCUCGAAUGGGUGCCGGGAUAUUUCUCAUCCUCCAGCUCAUAAGCAUGUCACACUUCAUCUCGUGGUGCAAUAAGCGUUGGAUGCCAGAUUCUCAAUCAAAUCAAUGCGGCCUGUUCGGAUUGUUCUUGUCGACCAUCUCCUUCAUCGCCUCGUUUGCCGGCAUCGCCGUGCUGUACGUCCUGUACGUCCCCAACUCAUCGUGCGCGUUCAACAUCUUCACCAUUACAUGGACGGCGACGCUGGUAGCGGUAAUGAUGGCGGUGUCACUGCACUCAAAGGUCAACGAGGGUCUCCUCUCGUCUGGAAUCAUGGGCUUAUAUAUUGUGUUCCUUUGUUGGUCGGCGCUCCACAGCGAACCACAAACUGGAAAGUGCCAUACUCGGCUGAUAUUUGCCAAUGAUGGUGAUUGGGCUACCAUUGUUAGCUUCAUUAUUGCAAUUUGUGCCAUUGUGAUGGCCACAUUUUCUACUGGAAUCGACACCAGAUCCUUCCAAUUCCGAAAUGACGAGGACCAAUUGGAGGACGAUGUCCCCUACAGUUACGAGAUUUUCCACAUUGUAUUUGCAAUGGGAGCCAUGUAUUUUGCGAUGCUGUUCAUCAACUGGGAACUUAACCAUCCAACGAGAAAAGUGCCAUUUCUUUUCAUCAGCGACAUGAUGUUACUUUGCCACCUCAUCAUUGUUUGCGUACAAGAUGCAUCCAAGAAUAUCCUCUCACGUCCACCCUUUCAUAAUCAGGUGGAGCAUAGAUGUUGGAUGGGUUAGUACAUGGGUAAAGAUCAUCAAUGAAUGGUUUGCAGCUAGCAUAUAUGUUUGGAGAUUGAUCUCUCCAGUUAUAUUGAGGAAGCAAGCUGCCAAUAAUGAAGAGCUGGUGCCACGGACCCUCAUAGUACAGUGUUCAAGAUAGCUAAUUCUUCCUUCACACAUUUUUCGAUUCAAUUAUUGUGAAAUGCAUAUAUCCAGCUAAGAGUAUAUACAGUCUGAUUGCUCACAGCCCAAACACGUUUUUUUUUUUCAUUCAAAUAUAUAUAUGCAGCUAAAAACUAGUAUACUUCAGUAA